GGAGGGGCAGCCGGGCAGAGAAUCUCCUUCCCAGGCUGGGGCAAAGUGCGCAUAUCAGGAGAACGCGGCACUGGGGCCGAAAUGUGGAGGCAGCUCCUGGACCACGGCAGGGCGGCCGUUGACUACCACUGGCCGGCCAGCGUCAUCGUCCCGGCGGCCGUCGGGGUUGGAGGUGCUCUGGCCUGCUGGAUGCUGAGCAGGAGGAAGACCAAAUCCAUUGACUUGGGAGAUGGAUGGUGGGGACCGAGCGACCGGCCUCGGCAGGAGGACACCGGCAUCAGACCUUUCCGCGUGGAGGCGCUGGAUGAUGACCUGAAGGAUCUGCACGAGCGAUUGGAUAAAACUCGCUUUGCUUCACCUUUGGAGGAUUCCAAAUUCCACUACGGUUUUAACGCCGCCCACCUCCGGAAGGUCGUCUCUUAUUGGAGGAACACGUUUGAUUGGCACAAGCAGGUGAAGAUCAUUAACGGAUACCCUCACUUCAAAACCACGAUAGAAGGACUGGAGGUGCACUUUAUCCACGUGAAACCCCCAAAUCUUGCCCCCGGUCAGAAGGCCCGCCCCCUGCUCAUGGUCCACGGCUGGCCUGGAUCCUUUUAUGAGUUUUACCGAAUCCUCCCGCUUCUGACCGAGCCGGCCAAGCACGGUCUGAACCCCGACCUGGUCUUCGAGGUCAUCUGUCCGUCCAUCCCGGGUUAUGGCUUCUCGGAGGCGCCGCACAAGACAGGGUUUUCGGCCUUUGACGCCGCUCGGAUAUUCUACAAGCUGAUGCUGAGGCUCGGAUUCCAGGAGUUUUACCUCCAGGGAGGCGACUGGGGCAGCAGGAUCACCACCCUCCUCUCCCAGAUGAAGCCAGAAUCUGUGAAGGGUCUCCACCUAAACUUUGUGAUGAUGUCAAAAGGAGGGCUGGGGAUGAUUACCUCCCUGCUUCUUGGGCGUUACAUGCCCUGGUUGGUGGGGCUGACCAAGGAGGACACCAGACGUAUCUAUCCGUACUUUGAGAAGAACGUCUACGCCGUUCUGUUGGAGUCGGGAUAUCUACAUAUACAAGCGACCAAACCGGACACAGUAGGCUGUGCCCUGAACGACUCUCCGGCUGGCCUCGCUGCCUACAUUCUGGAGAAAUUCUCCACAUGGACAGAUUCUCAAUUCCGGGAUCUGGAGGACGGAGGCCUGGAGAGGAAGUACUCGCUGGACGAUCUCCUCACCAACGUCAUGAUCUACUGGGUGACUGGAUCCAUCACGUCCUCGAUGAGGUUCUACAAGGAGAACUUCCCCAGGAAUUAUGCCAAAACCCCAGACACCAAGGUCGGCGUCUACGUCCCGACGGGCAUCGCCGCUUUUCCGUGUGAACUGGUUCAUACUCCGCGUGUGUGGGCAAAACACAAGUUCCUGAACGUCGUCACCUACACCCACAUGCCCCGCGGGGGCCACUUCGCCGCCCUGGAGGAGCCCGAGCUGCUGGCUCGAGACGUCCAGAACUUUGUUUCCAAGGUGGAGAAGAAAUAAACGCUGACGAAGGCGACGAGUGUUACGCACA